UCCUCAGUGGCGCAGCACGCACGCGAAACUGAACUAAAUUAAAAUACCUAAACUAAACAUUCGUGUGUUUACGAAACCGUGAAAUUAAAUCUACUAUCCUAUUUUAAAUUCAAAGUGUCCAAUAAAAAGUGUGAAAGAACUAAAGCGCUUAAUGCGUCCGCUCUGUAUGAUGACGCGACCACAAAUGGCGGCCAUCUUGUUUUUAUUUGCCACGUGGCUCAAUUUGGCUUUGGGGUGUGAAAUUGACAUGGCUGUUUAUAAAGUGACCAUAAAAUUUUUGUGGAGUGAAGAAACAUUUCCUAAAGAUUAUCCUUUAUAUCGGCCUAAGGCACAAUGGUCAUCCGUCUUCGGUCAAUCUCACAACAGUUCCUACAAUCUCUACCACAUAGAUAAAGUAGCAAGGCAAUCAAUUCGCAAUUUCGCCCAGUUUGGAAAAUUAGAUGAAUUAGUACAAGAAGGUGAUGAGGAUCAGAGAGUAUAUGAUCAAUUUUCAGCUCCAUCAGUUGGAGACGGUACAGGCGAAACUGGAAAUAUGGUGUUUGUAGAUGGAGACCAUAGUCUAAUUUCAGUUAUCUCUCGUAUUAUACCAUCACCCGAUUGGUUUGUUGGAGUGGACAGCUUAGACCUGUGCAUUGAUUCGUCGUGGAUUGAUGAAAUAACUCUUGAUUUAGAGCCACUGGACGCUGGAGCAGCCAGUGGUCUCACUUUCACAUCACCACGCUGGGAAACCACACCACCAGAUCCUGUCAGUAAGCAUGGCCCACGGCACCCAAAUCAUCCAGCUGCUGGUUUCUAUUAUCCAAACUUGAGAGAGUUGCCUCCAAUUGCCAGAAUAGAAAUUUCUAAGGUAAAAGAAUAUUCAUCAAAACAACUUAAUGAUUUAGCUAGAAAAGAACUUCUUCUAAAUCUUAAGUUAAAAGACAAACGUAAAGGUUCGCCGAGGAGAAAGGUAAAUAUCGUCGAAAAUUGCCAAGAAUCAGAAAGAGAUAUAACUACAAAGACUUACGCCGAUCAACUUAAAGACCUUGAACAAGAUGCUGUUGACAGUCCAUCAUUCGACUCAGCUGACAACAAUGUUAUUGUUGUCACUAAAUCUCCAAUUACUACAACGACAGUACAAGAAUUCGACAGUGAUCUUAAGAAUAUGGAUGACGUAGUCCUUGCUGUGGCCCACGGCAAGAAACUUGGUUUGGGCAAGCAUCUUCCAAGGCAUUUUAGGUCUCGUCUGCACCACGCUGUUAAUAAAAUACAACCUGAAGAUUGCCUUGUAUCAGAAUGGAGCGAUUGGACACCAUGUUCUGUAACCUGCGGUUUCGGUGAUAAAUUUAGAAGUCGUCGAGUGGUGCGAGAGAAAAGCAAAAACGGCCGCAACUGUCCCUCUCUAACAGAUAGACGGCACUGCGGCAACAUUAACUCUUGCGCACAUAUUGACUACUUUGAAUGGUGAACAUUUAAACAUUGAGCAUUUUUAAAUUGUAUCCUAAAAUUUUAUUAUAAUUAACUUGAAUUAAGAGUAUAAAUGAUUAACAAUGUAAUUUGGUUUUGUUUACUAUAAUCAUUAAAAUAUUUACC